AUGCAGGGUCGGCUUCUUGUCUGGAUCCGAACUCUGCCUGACUGUUCCCGAAGCAAAGGGUUUAGGCACCUCUUUUGCUCGGCUCUGUAUCACCCAUACACCAAGCUUGAUCUGCCGAGCGCUAGUGAACACAUCGUUAUGUCUGGCCCGCAGUCAACGCUAGUUUACCUGAGAGCCAGGAGGGCUGCAGAUGCUUUCGCUGUUGGGGAGAUAAUCCUCCCGGAACACCCUCAUGCAGCAGCCGCAUGA